GAUCGACAGAAAAGUAGAUUAAAUUAAAAUGAACCCACUCGAUACGUGGCAGAUAAUGAGACCUCGCACAGAGAUUUGGGGGUAGAAUCGUCAUAGUAACCAAGUUCCAUUCAAAAAGUGCAAAUUCUGAGAUCGGCAAGAAAGUCGUUUGCUCGCGAGUCAGGCUGUUGACGUUGAAUCAAAUAUCAAUAACGCAAUGAAUUGUCGUCGUUUACCAUGCUCUCUUAUCUUCCUCCUAUUCCAAACAUUACCAACACUAAUUCUGGCAAUCAAUAUUCCGGACCCCAAUCAUCAUAUUACCAAUAAUAACACUGACAUCCUCGAGGACGUUUUGAAGGAGAUAUCCGAAAGGCAUAACUGGGAUUUGGAAAGAAUUAGGACAUCGAAAUUGAAAGUGAGUAAGAUUAGGUUUGGCACUGCUCAGAGAUACGAGUUUCGGAUCCGAUUUGGAAAAAUGUCUUUGAUUUUCAAAUUUCCUGACGAGGUGUAUUCCUGGAAGAGAUAUAAUAAGAAAAAUGACGAUUUCGAAAAUUCUGUCAAGGAGAUUGGUACCGCGGCUGUAUUGGAUACUUUCAAAGUCGAAGGUCCGUUUGAUUUGUGGAUCGGUGGCCAAGACCACCUCUCUUUGUCCUUGCCGCUGAAUGUUUCACACAGCAGCUUGAAACGAAUGCUAGUUGGCGAAGGCAUCACAGUGGAAGUAAAAGAUGCUCAACAACUUUCUAUUUUUCAAACUUUUGAUCCUAGUUUCUCUAUGAAUGGAAGAGUUAAAAUAAACAAAGGAAAAUCUGGUUUCUGCUUGUUUUGGCGUCAGUUAUGUAUGCCAUUACUUCCUAUACGUGUUAUUGGUUCUGCAUCGCUGAUUGCGUACAAGACCAGGAAUCCCGAUGCACCUGUUGAAACUACCUUAUUAUCGGAAGGAACGAUUAAGUUACUAUCUGAAAAAUGUUAUAGUGACGAUUUGUACAAGAACCAGGCUCAGCUCAGUCAUUUCUUGAGUUUAAAGAUUGAUAGGCUGGGAAAGCUACUGAGGACCUUUCUUGGCAACCAAAUGGAGUUGUCGGGCUUUCUUAGAUCAAAUGUUAAAGCAGCAACCAUCAUUCGGUUUCAGUUGGAGCUAGAGAAGAAUAUUGGGAGCAGUGCGACUCUUCAUGAUGCUUUGGAAGACUGGAGAACAAGGCCAACCAUUGAGCGGGUUUACUUUGAAGUGCUGGCAAGAGUUGAAGAUGAGAAAUUGAGACCUGUUGUGGUUAAGAAGGUUAGGCCUUUUAUUGCAGUCGAUUCAGCUUCAUGGAGUAAUUUAAUGUCAAAUUUAUCUUUUACCAAAUUCCCCUCUAUUCUUGUACCUCCUGAGGCUCUGACACUGGAUGUGAAAUGGUAGGAUGUUCUUUUGUGAAUAGUUCUAUUCAAGAACAUUUACAUAUCAAAGCAAUGUGCCGUCGAUUAUGCCGCGUCUCUUGCUUAUUGUCUGUAUUAAUAUUGUACAUAAUUUUAGAAAAAUCUUUUAAUCGUGCA